AGAAGAAGAAGAAGAGGAGCUCCCACUUUGAAAUGUUGUUGACAGAUGUAUUAAAACGUGAACUUACCACCUUUAGAGGAGUUUAAGCUCUCUAACCUUUAAAGGUCAGUGAGCCGGAGUCGGUUCAGCCGCUUAGCUUGUAACUUGAGUUUGUUUAAAGUUUCACAUUUAAAUCUUGAAUGGCUGUAGCUAGCUGUCUCUAGCUAACAGUGAUGUCCUCGUCGUGGACAGGGCGCCAGGGACAGGUGGGAGACCUGAGACACCAGAGCAAAGAAGAGCUCCAAGAGCUGCUCCAGCGGCAGGAGAAUAUACUCUCUAACAAGAGGUUAUUACAGACUCUUCCUGACAAAGGGAAAAAGAUCAAAGAAUUCGCAGAGAAAGUAUGCCUUGCCAUUCAACUCCACGAUGAAGAGGAGAGGAGACGGAGCUUGGUGUCUGCUGUCAGCACAGAGUUACAGUCCAAGUACAAGCAAGCUUUCACCGUGCAGCAGCGCGCUCACCCAAACACGCAAAGUGAGUGUGCUGCAGGUGAUGCCAUACAGGACCUGGAGAGCUCUCCUGCCUCUGUUAGCAUGCAUGAAAAUGACUCUUUGGAAGAGCAACAGGACCAGUUUGUCUCCAGUGUGGCUGCUGGGGAAACCAUGGAGACGGCUGUUGCUGGGGCCUCUCUGAACUCUGCUGAGACAAAAGAGGGUGACCUUGUGGAGGCCUUAGAAAGGGUCAGACUAUCUGAAACUAGUACUGGUUUCAAUGGUGAGUCUAAAGACCCGAUAAAGAGCACAGCAAGAGAAAAUUACUCACUUAAGGAGAUACCAAAAAAGCCUCACUCUGUAACUUUCCUGGAAAACAAAGAGAAGACUUCAGCUCCCAGGAAGCAACAAUUCAAACCAAAUCAACUGCUCCACAGAAGUGACGUAUCUCCAUCAGGAUCCUCUUCACCCAGUCAAUCCUCUGCAGGCUCCUCGCCGCUCUCUACACAGGACAGGAGGCAGCGGGACAAAAAACACCUGGAUGACAUCACUGCAGCCAAACUACCUCCUCUCCACCAUAGUCCGGCACAGCUCCUGUCUCUGGAAGAGUCGGCCACACUCCUGAUGGAACAAACCAAGAAGCAGCAGGAGUUACAGGCCAAGCUGGCCGCCCAGAAACUGUCUGAGGGAUUGAAGAUCUCUAUGGGGAGCUACACUCCUGACGGUGGCCCCAUGGCUGCCUACAGAGAGGUUCACGAUGAAGCAGCCCAGCGCUCCUCAGAAGAGGACUGAUCCUGGAAGGCCAGAGCUGGGAAAACCAGAGUUACCUUGGCCCUGAGGGAAACAGGCUUUGGACCCUGCAAUCAGGACCCAUCAAACAGGAUUUUCACUCCAAGGACAAGAAUUCUUAAGAGUUUAAAGAGUCUUAACGGUGUGAAGGCAAAGUUUGUAUCCCAGACUCAGCUCAGGGCAAACUGUUGAGAAACUAGCUAACCUAAUUGUCAUUCAGUUUGUAUUUGGCCAGUUUUUAAAUCUUUUGCAUAAUAGCACCUGAUUUCAAAUGGAUUUUAAGGCUACAUUUUAAGCAUGUUUCAGGAAUGUUUCAUACCAGUAAACUGGAAUUGAUGAUGUAGUGGCUUUUUGAACCUGAGCGUUUUGGACGUUGAGAUCUCUUUUUGUUUAUAAUCCCUCAUAUGCAAUUAAGGCUCAUCAGCUGUUGGAGCAGACUGUUAUGACACAAUAAUGACUUUUUACAACUUUGUGUGGAAAAUAGACACGAGCCUGCAGACAGAUGUCAUUAUGAAAGGCUAUCUCACAGGAUUAAAUAAAUACAGUGGCUUUUCCAAAUGGUCGUGUUUGUUCAAAGUCAGGGGUUUUCCUCAGUUACAGACGCUGUCAGAUAACGCAUCAACUUUUUCAGUAAACAUAAGAAUUGAUCUCUGAGAUAUUUUUGAAUUGCUGUUCAGUGGUAUACAGUGGCCUGUUGAUGUCAAACAAAAUGCAAGUAUGCAAGAACAUAAAAAAUAAUAAAUAGAAUAAAUGUUGCUCUUUAAACUGUGGGCCACUGUUUUCACUUGAUGAGCUAAAAGUACUCUUUUUGUGGUUGCUGUGACUCAUGUAGACUUUCUGUAGCAGCCUAAGGAUGCUGUGUGUGUCCCUCUGACUGUAACAAACUGCAUUCUGUUGGCUUUCACCAAUGUGCUCUUAUUUUGUGACGCAUUGAGGACAGGUACAAUGAAGGAAAGAGCUGAUGCUGCUAUGAUGCCAUGAUUUUAUGAGUCACAAAGUCUAAUAAAAAUGAUAAAUAAACUUA